AUGUUAAAUAAACCUCUAAAUUAAACAUUAAAAGGAUAAUCAAAUGGUAAUGGUGUAUAAAAUAGCAUUUCAAAGAUAAUUGAUGAAUAAUAUUAUAGUAACUCAGUACAAUAUGAUAUUUCUGAUUAAACGAUAAUUAUUUAAAACGAGUCUAAUGGUUAAUUUAAAGAAAAAAACCGGGCAUUUUCUCCUGAUUUGAUAAAAAAUGCUUUAAACGAGCAACUUUUAAAAAUUAAUAACUCAAAAAAUAAAAUUGAUGACUAAAAUGAAGCAUACAAAGAAUCAAAUUUAAAAAAUUUUAGAGAUAAAAUGUUUUCAGUUGAUUUAAAUUCAAUAUUAAGAGAAACUCCCAAAUGUAACUCUUCAAGACCAACUCCUUAAAAAAGCAGGCUAUUAAGUUUAUCGAAAAAGAGAUAAAGUGAUUGUGAAUCAUUAACUCUAAUUAAUGUAGAAUAAUUAUGUCUUAAAGAAAAGCUCAAAAGAACGUAUCAGAUUUAAUAAGACUAAAAUGAUCAGUAAUUUAGGAAUACAAUAGGGAUAUCUCCAUUUAAAACUACUUUUAGAGUUAAAAAGCAAUAUAAAACUAAAUGUCCUGCAGAAAUAUUUAAUAAAAGAAUCAACCAACUCGAAGAAAAACUUAAUGAUAAUUCAUUUUCUUAUUCGACUUAAUUUUAAACUGAACAAAAUACUUAAAUUGGAAAAAUAAAUAAUUUGAAUCAAACAACUGAGGAGUAAUAAAACAGCUUUUCUGAAGAUUUUUUUCCUGUAAAUGAAAAGGGAAAGGAAAUGAAAAGUUUAGAAAUAAACUAUUUAGUUAAAAAGCUAAAUGAAUAAAAGAAUUCAACAAAAGUUGAUUUUAAAUUCCCUCAAUUUAAAUCAGAAACGAACAAGGCUAAUACAGAUUAAAACAAGGUAUUUAAUAAAGUACUUCUAAAAGCAAAUCUGAAUAAAAGCUAAGAAUAUGAUAGUAAUAAAUCUAAAAGUUUGGAUUAGAAAUCUAAUACAGGAUUGAAAUACUCACAAUGUUAGCCAAUCUUAUAAGUAGAUAACUCCUAGUAAUAGCAAUCUAAAAAGAAGAUUAAAAAGCACUCAAAAUUGAUUAAUCAUUAGCUAAAUAAUUUUAAUUCUUCUUCUCCAGUUAAAAAGAACAGUAUAUAACUUGUUAAGGUAAACAACUCAUUAGUUAUAUAACAGAGUCCCAUAUUUAUGAAUCCUGAAAUUAAAUUAAAUUAUUCAAUAUGCUAUGGAAAUAACUCUAAUCUUAUAAGAAGAGUUAUGUAAAAAAGGUAACCUUUGUGGAACGAGAUAAGUACUACACUUUCUAAUUACUAAUUUAGGUGGUAACCUACUUCUCAAGGCUUCAAUUUUCAUUCAUCUUAAGAAAAUCCAAAAUAUCCUAAAGUAUUUAAUCAUUUUGAGUUUCAUAAGCAUUUAUCAGAUAAAAGUUUCUUAUUAUUUAAUGUUGUUAAUUAUUGUGUAAAAAAUAAUAUUGACGCUUUUGAAUUCAUGCCAAUUAGUUUUUAUUUUGAUUUCAAUGAAGAAAAAUUUGAGAAAGACCUUCAGAAGUUUUCUUAUUUGUUUGAGAGACUCAAUUUUUACUCUAAAAGUCAGGAAAGCAAGAAAAAUAUUCCUUCAGACUAAGAAAUAAUACAAAUUUGUUUAAAUGAGUUUAAAGAUUCAAUAGAAAUUUCUAAAGCAAUUCAUGAACAAAAAGCUUAAAAUAGAUUAUAAUUUUAACCUAAAACUACUAUAGAUAUUGUUGAAAAACAAAUAUUAAAAUAAUUCUUGUAAAUUUAGGAAACAAAUUUUUUGAAAAGUAGAAUGAGUGAAAAUCUGCUAUCAAAUUUUAACAUUUGGGUUUUAAAGCCAGUUAACCUGAACAGAGGUAACGGUAUAACAAUAGUUUAAUCUCUCAAAGAAAUUAAUAGUGCAAUAAGUGUAGGCUUUGAGUAACAAAGUCAUGUAGUUUCAGAUUUGUAACCAUCUUAAAAGCUGUAUUUUAAUAGCUCUGUGCCAGUUAGUCCUGCCAAAAAGAAUAAAAUCAAACCUUUAUUUUACUAGUUCAUUUUAUAAAAGUACAUUGAAAGACCUCUACUUUUUCAUGGUAGGAAGUUUGAUAUUAGAAUAUGGGUACUUGUAACUUAUACAAAUAAAUUUCAAUAUUAUUAAUCAAAAGAAGGAUGGGUGAGAACUAGUGGAUAUGGUUUUGAUUUAAAAACAAGUAACAAAUACAUUCAUUUGACCAAUAAUGCUAUUUAAAAAAAUUCAGAACAAUAUGGAUAAUUUGAGAAUGGAAAUUCAAUCAAUUAUGCAACUCUUAAAAAAUAUAUUAAUUCAAUGAACAGCAAAGAAAGUGAAGGAGUAUGGGAUGGAAUCUAGCAAAAAAUAAGAAAUAUAAUUAAGAUUACACUUUAAGCUACUUCAGAUAAAAUUAAUAUUUUUAAUAGAGAAAAAUAAUUUGAGCUUUUUGGCUACGAUUUUAUGAUUGACUAGUCUUUUAAACCAUGGCUUAUAGAAGUGAACACUAAUCCAUGCAUUGAAGAAUCUAGUGAAGUAUUAAAACAAAUUCUACCUAGGCUGAUAGAUGACAUGUUAAGAUUGACUAUUGACUAGUUUUUUAGCAAGCAAACAAACCAAAAUUAAAGUUUUUUUCCCUUAAUAGGCUACUCUAAUGAGGAUUCUAUUUUUGAGUAAUUUGAAAUAUGA